GCUGUUGUUAAAGGCCCUCUCGCUAUUCUCCGUGGCCGGUCUGCUUCUCCAUGACUCUCCUUCACACAGUUGGAACGGGGAAGCCCGCUUGGCUCAGUAGCUCCCAGCACUCUGAAUGGCCAUUGUCCAGUUAGUGUAUGCAAUGCAGGUGGGAAAGGAAAAAAGCAACGGGACAGAGGGCUGGGAUCGAUGUCUCACGUCAAGUCUCCACAUGGAGCAUCUCUACUGGCCAUGGACAGGUUCAUCGUUGCUUGCCUGGUCGAAAGAGAAGCAAGAGGAGGCUAUAUGGAGAUCCCGGCAGGAGGCGGCAAGGGGAUGCGCAGCUCGUCCUCCGUGCUAUGCUGUAUCGUACUGUCACCCGCUUCUUGUCUUUGCUUCUUCUCCUUGCCAUCUCGAAAAUCCGUCAGCGGGUGGUUGGACGAGUCGGCUCACUCUGACUCGUCCUUCUCAAGCUCUAAGCUUUGUCCUGGUGACUGGACUACGCAUAUCUGUUGCCCUGGAGAUAUCCAGCUCGGGUUGCUACUGUCGUCGUCAGUCUUCCUGCCUCACGAUGACGAUGACGAUCGAUCCAACCACCACCAACCACCCCUCUGGAUCGAUGAGUUAUACUAUCCAUUGAUAGUAACGGGCAAUGCCCACUGGACCGAAUGCCACAUUGGAAAAUCACCAUGGCUAGCUGUGCCACCGUCGUAUCACCCGCAAGCCCUUGGGGGCGUCUCAAGAGGGCUCUCAGAUAUCAACUCCCGCAGCGGCGUUGACUAUCACCCCCAAUGUCUACCCCUUAAGUAGCUAUUGUCAUGCCUAAUUAUGUAAAAUCCUCCAUGUCAGCGGUACUCCGUCGAGGUGGGAAUAAACGGCCCGAUCUGGGGUAAAUCUGUGUAUUUUUGCUCUUGUGCUCCAAUUCCGUUAAUUUCGUGGCUUGCUUUCUUUUUGCAAGCUGUCUCUAUCGACGGAGUAUUAUCUCAGCACUGAUGAUCCAUGCCAGCCAUGUCCCGACAGCAAGCACAAUCAUUAAUUACUUCGUUUUCCAGUCGUCUCUGCGUGUCUCUCUCUGCAUGUCUCUGUUUACGCGUGCGUGUGAAUAGCCAAAUCAUGGCGUGCCAUAUCCGAUCCUAGCUUGAGGUUAGGGGCCGGAGAUCCCCAAAGAGGCGAUGCUCUCCGCCUGCAUAACGUCACAUCAUCGGAUUUUACUGGGUUUGAUCGUAUUUUUUUAGCUGUUGCCCGAAGUCAAGAGUUCGUGGCAAGUAGCCGCUUGUUGUUUCUUGUUUCUGAUGACAUGCAUCGCUGGAUACAGCUGACGAUGGGGGUGAUGAUGAUGCAGGUGUCACUCGAUGACGGAUGUAGCAUUUCACAGCCUCCAUCUCACUUUCUCAGCCCGAUGGCGAAGGCAAAGGAGUCGGCUCCCGUGCGCUGAUGCAGGUUCCCUGGC